AUGGGUGGCUGGCAGGAUAAUUGUUGGACGUGGAACCUGCACAUUGAUGCAGAUUUGUUGCUCAACGACCCGAUUGGAACAGCGGAAGCGUUUGGCAUAAUUGAACUGCUAACAAAUAUCAGUCCCAUAGUGGAUGCGAUCGAUAAUAUAAGAUGGUGGCCGAAUAAAGAUGGUAUUUUCAACGUGAAAAGUUGCUAUAAUUUAAUCCGAGACCGUGAGUUGGAAGACGUCGUGGAAAGUGAAUCGAAGCUAGCACUCAAGAUGAUUUGGAAGACUAAUAUCCAAUCAAAAUUGAAGGUUUUUGGAUGGAGGGUGGUGCUCAAUAGACUCCCCACAAAAGAUCAAUUGGUGAAAAGGGGGAUAAUUCGAGACGAACAUGAAGAGGUAUGUGUUUUCUGUGAUGAAAAGCCUGAAGACUUAGAACAUCUUUUAUUCAAAUGCAAAAUUAGCCAAAUAGUAUGGACUAGCAUAUAUGGUUGUUUGGAUAUUAAGGAGAUGGAGGAUCAUGUUGGGGUGUGUCAUCUUAAAAAAUUUACUCAAGCUUUAGUGGGGAAGAUAAAAAAUAAGAAACUUUGCUUAAUAUGGUUGACAAUAUUGUGGACAUUAUGGAAUUGGAGAAACAACAUCAUUUUCAAAGGAGAGGUGUGUGUGCUUGAUGAUAUGAUUAUGAACAUUAAAUAUGGAUUGGUUGUGGCACAUCAUUUACAAUAA